AGCCUACUUACCCCUAUGUUUUUCCUAUUCGAAUUAAUUUAAUACCGGGUUCAAUUUAUAUUGCGAAUGUGACUGCGUAUACUACCGGUGAAUUACUGGUAAAAGCAUUAAAAAAUCACAUUGAAAAUGGUUCCUCUUAUAAGUUAAUAUAUUAUAAUCAAGAAAUAUCAGAUUCAGAAACGCUUGAAAAUAUUGGUGUAAGGGAGGGUGGUUUAAUAAAAGUAAAGUAUGAUAAUAACGAAGAUCAAGCAUUGGAAAAAAUAGAAGAAUCCAUGUUAGAUUUUUCAAUUAAAAGUUCUAUAGAGAAUAAUUUCAUAAUUUCUGUGAAAACACAGAAAGGACAAACUAUAGAUUUAUACGUGAGCAACAGUGAUACUGUUUAUAUAAUUAAAUUAAAAAUUCAGGAUAAAGAAGGUUUUCUUGCUGAUAAACAGCGUAUUAUUUUUUCUGGCAGAGAAUUGAAAGAUGAACAUACUUUAGAAUAUUAUAAUAUUAAGAAAGAAGAUACCUUGCAUAUUGUUGCUAAAAUUCGGUGUGAAAUGUUUUAUGCGACCAGUGGUCGUAAAGAUUUUGAUACAUUACCACCGCUUACGCAAUAUAUGCAGGCACCCGAAAAACUUUUACCAGGUGGUAUUAAUACGGGUAUUUCUUGUAAUUUCUGUGGUGAAUUUGAAUGGGAAGGUGCAAGAUAUAAAUGUUCAGAAUGUCCAGAUUAUGACUUAUGCUGUGAUUGUAUUAUGAUAUCUAGUUUGCUUCAUGACACACAACAUGAAUUUCAAUUUAUAAAUCCCUUGAAUCACGACAAUGCAUCAACUGACAUUUCAAAAGAUUCCACUUCAUCUAUAACAAUCUUUCCAAUACUUCCAACAAAAAAAGAAGAUUUGUUGGCUCUGUUACGUGAGGAAGAGAAGAGAAGGUUUUCAUCCGAAAUCCAACAACAAUAUUACAAUGUUGGAAGUGAUCCUGGCAAUGACAGGGACUGGAUUGAUGUCACUGACCAGAUUCAAUAUGAUUUGGUUAGAGAAUUUGGCUAUUCAGAUGAAGCCAUACAAUUAUUGCGUCGUGCUUCUCAACUUUAUAAAGUAUAUGUUCGCAAUAACAUCUCUCACAUUGGUAAUCUCACCGAAGGAAUGCAGGCUCCAGAUUGCUCACUAGUUUCCCUAGAAUCAUCAGCAACUGCAGUUCCUUUAAUUCCUUUGUGUACACUUAUUCGACCAGGAAGACCUCUUAUUCUUCUUGGCGGAUCGUAUACCUGUCCUUUAUUCCGAUCAACUUCUCACGUGCUUAACGACAUAUAUAAAAAAUAUAGGUCAUAUGCAGAUUUCUAUAUGAUUCAAAUUAGAGAAGCACAUGCUAGUGAUGUUUGGCCUAUUGGAAAUGUUGUGGCCGUCAAAGAACAUGUCACGUUAGCUGAUCGCUUGGCCGCUGCACGUGAAAUGGUCAGAUCAACACAGCUGGAAAUUCCUGUAUUAGCUGACACUAUGGAUGAUACUUUUUUAAACUUGUACUCUCCGUGGCCAUUCCGUUUUUAUAUCAUCUUGGAUGGUAUUUUGAAAUUAGUUGGGAUGCCUAGAGAGGCACGUUACGAUACAACUGACCUAGUCGAGUGUUUGGAAACUUUAUUAGAGAAUAAAAAUAGUUAA